AUCAGAAUCAAUUAGCAAAACAUAAUAAGUAAGAGGAUGGAUGUCAGAAAUCGCAAGAACGAUGAAGUAAGUGUGUUUCAGAUGCCUCUUCACUACCCGAGAUACUCUAAAGAAGAUUACCAAGGCAUGCCAGAAUGGAAACUCGACAGGGUUUUAGCAGAUUAUGGUUUGUCUACUUAUGGAGACUUGGCUCACAAGCGAGAGUUUGCUAUUGGAGCUUUCCUUUGGAUUUCAACUCACAAUUCAAAGCUUUAUCAAGACAAGUCAUCAACUACAAACUGAAGGAAGAAACAAAAUCAUCUAUUUCAUAAUGUUUUGAAAAGCACUAAGGUUAUGCUAGGCUACGAUAAAUGAUGUUGAGUAAUAAAGACACAUGUAAAUCAGGAGUUUCUUAUUCAAUAUUAUGCAAGCAGUUAAAACAAGGGUCAGAUAAAGUGAAAUGGUAUUGUACUGCCUAUGGUAAAAAGAAAUUUAGAUUUGAUCGAGUGUUUCUGUUAAAA